AUGGAUUGGAAAACGCUGCAGGGGCUGCUCAGCGGGGUCAACAAGUACUCCACAGCCUUCAGCCGCAUCUGGCUCUCCAUGGUCUUUGUCUUCCGUGUGCUGGUCUACGUGGUGGCGGCCGAGAAGGUCUGGGGUGAUGAGCAGAAGGACUUUGACUGCAACACGCGGCAGCCGGGCUGCACCAACGUGUGCUAUGACCACUUCUUCCCCGUCUCCCACAUCCGCCUCUGGGCCCUGCAGCUCAUCUUUGUCACUUGUCCUUCCCUCCUGGUCAUCAUGCACGUGGCCUACCGGGAGGACCGCGAGAGGAAGAACCGGGAGAAGAACGGAGAGAAUUGCCCCAAGCUCUACAGCAACACGGGCAAGAAGCACGGCGGGCUGUGGUGGACCUACCUGUUCAGCCUCUUCUUCAAGCUCAUCAUAGAGAUCCUGUUCCUCUACCUCCUCCACAAGAUGUGGGACAGCUUCGAUUUGCCACGGCUGGUCAAGUGCACCAACGUGGAUCCCUGUCCCAACACCGUGGACUGCUACAUCGCUCGGCCAACUGAGAAAAGGGUCUUCACCUAUUUCAUGGUCGGAGCCUCCUCCAUCUGCAUCAUCCUCACCGUCUGUGAGAUCUUCUACCUCAUCUUCAAGCGAGUUGUCCAGAGGACAAGGAAGUGGAGGAAAUCCACCAAGCGCUCCGUCAGCUACAGCAAGGCCUCCACCUGCCACUGCCACGUCAAGUCAGAGGAGAAGGACAGCAAGUCCCAGCCUAGGUGUGUGGCAGCCCUGACUGCUCUCUGA